AUGCUCACGGUAACGCGUUGGCGUAUCGAGGCUGCCGACAAUGCCGUUUUCGGUGUUGCUAUAGAUGUAAAUGAUAUCUUUCCGGAGGUGUCAACCCUCAAGGAUCCCGAAUUGCAGUCAGCUCAGUUAGCAGCGAGAGCGCGUUUCCUACCUGACUACACAGUGCGGGCGGCAACUAACAUCGAGUAUCUCCGCAUCACAGCCGAGCACUAUCUCCUUGCACGUCGACUCACUGUCUGGAUCACUAAACUUCAUCCUCAAGACCCGGAAGCGGUUUCACCGUCUCAGCAGAACAUAAUCGAUGAUGUGUUCGGCUCUGAGCCGACCAAUGAAGGUGUGGUCUUGCCAUCAGCAACGCCCGAAUAG